GCCCGCGGUGCGGAGCCCUGGCGGAGGUACAUGGCCCCGACGGGAGGCGGCUGCCUGCGCCCGGAGCUCGGCUCCCUGCCUGAACACGGCGGCUGCGCCUAGGCCCGCGCGCACUCGCCCCUCCGACCGCGGCGCGCGGACAUGACCGCGUAGCCUUCUCCUCGGCUGGGAUCUGCCUGAAGAUUUUCUUCAUGGAAGCGAUGUCUCCUCAGCAGGAGACUCUAGGGGCGCAGCCGGGGCGCUCCUGUUCCCUGACAGGAGUGUCUCGGAUUGCGGGAGACACCGGCACCAAGAAGAAAAUGAAAGCAUUAGUAGAAAGGAGGAGGAGCGCUCCAUCUCUUCUCCUGGAUAAAGCCCUGCAAAAGCAGCCUGGUACUAGCAGGGAAAGUCCUUCUGCUAGCAUCGACACGUGUGCGUUGCUGUCCUCAUUUGUGUGCUCCAGUAGGACUCUGCUUAUUGAUGGUCGCGUAGAACUCAGAAGAGGCUUGCAGAGGCAGGAGCGGCAUCUUUUUCUAUUCAAUGAUCUGUUUGUUGUGGCCAAAAUCAAGUAUAACAAUAAUUUAAAAAUGAAAAAUAAAAUUAAAUUAACUGAUAUGUGGACAGCAAGCUGUGUGGAUGAAGUGGGAGAAGGUAACACCAAUGCUAUGAAAUCCUUUGUCUUGGGCUGGCCCACUCUGAACUUUGUGGCCACUUUCAGUUCUCCAGAGCAAAAAGACAAAUGGCUCUCUCUCCUUCAGAGAUACAUCAAUCUAGAGAAAGAGAAGGACUACCCGAAGAGCAUUCCCCUCAAAAUCUUCGCCAAGGACAUUGGGAAUUGUGUCUAUUCUAAAACUAUAACAGUAAAGAAUUCAGAUACAGCGAAUGAAGUUAUCAACAUGUUAUUUUCAAUGCUAGGGAUAACUGGCACUGAGAGAGAUUACCAGUUAUGGGUCAUUUCUGGCAAAGAAGCAGCACCAUACCCACUCAUUGGGCAUGAAUAUCCCUAUGGAAUUAAAAUGAGCCACCUUCGAGACACUGCUCUUUUGACAUCGGGAUCAAAAGAAUCUACCACCCCUUUCAACUUCCAAGAGCCCUUCCUUAUGGAGGAGCUGCCCCGGGAGAUGCAGUGCCAGUUCGUCCUGAAGCCCAGCCGCCUGGCUGCAGCCCAGCACCUGAGCGAUUCAGGUUAUAAGACAUUUAAAAGGAGAAGAUCUAUCAUAAACUGGUCCUUUUGGCGAGGUUCUACCACUCACCUGGACAACUUCCCUGCGUCACCACCAACAUCUCCUGCGGCAGGACAGCUCUUUGGAGUUUCUCUGCCAAAUAUUUGUGAGAAUGAUAAUCUGCCCAGACCUAUCUUGGAUGUGCUUUUGUUUCUCAAUGAAAAAGGACCACUCACAAAAGGCAUUUUUAGGCAACCAGCCAAUAUGAAAUCCUGCAGAGAACUAAAAGAGAAACUGAAUUCUGGAGUCGAAGUACAACUAGACUGUGAAACUGCUUUUGUGUUAGCAUGUGUCUUAAAGGAUUUUCUACGAAAUAUUCCAGGAAGUAUUUUUUCAUCAGAUCUGUAUGAUCACUGGGUCUGUGUAAUGGAUCAAGGAAAUGAUGAAGAGAAAAUAAAUACAAUUCAAAGGCUAUUAGACCAGCUUCCAAGAGCCAAUGUUGUUCUCCUGAGGUAUCUUUUUGGGGUAUUACACAACAUUGAGCAACAUUCCUCAUCCAAUCAGAUGAAUGCAUUUAAUUUAGCCGUGUGUAUUGCUCCAAGCGUUCUUUGGCCUCCUACUUCUUGUAGCCCAGAACUAGAAAAUGAAUUUACAAAAAAGAUUACCCUGCUUUUACAAUUUCUGAUUGAAAAUUGCUGUAGAAUAUUUGGAGAAGAUAUCACUUCCCUUUUUAGAGAGGUUUCAGGGAGAUGUGACACUAGAGGAAAUGCCUCAGAUAUUUCUCGCUUCCAACUGAGUGACUCCUCUUAUGACAGCUUAGAAAAUGAACUAAAUGAGGAUGUUGAUGGCCCAUGCAGUGACAUAGUAAAGAAACUUGGCCAGGGGAGCAGAAGCAUGGACUCUAUUUUAACAUUCAGCGACUACGACCUUGAUCAACCUGAAGUGGAAGACCUAUUAACCCUGAAUGACUUUGACUCAGACCAUUCUAAAGAAGAUGAUGCUCAAAUAGAACAACCUCUUGAAUCCAAGCCAGCGUUUGCUAGAGUGUGCAGAAAUAUCCCCCUGCAGGAUCCUGCCAAGGCCCUGUCUGUCACACGCAGCCACCUGUCCACAGCCGCCCCAGAAGCUGCAAAAAGUGUGAGGCGAAACCGGCACUGCUCAGAGCCCAGCAUCUACCACCUGGAUUCAAAGCUUUCCUAUCUCAGGGAGUUUUAUCAGAAAAAGCUACGCAAGUCCAGCUGCGAUGCAGUUCUCUGUCAAAAAGAUGGGGACUAUCUAAAGCAGAAACAGCCCCUCCAGGAAGGAGGCAAGAUAUGUUAUAAACAGAGUUUACUCACAAGCACUAAUACCAGCAAGAAAAAUUCCACUAAUCAAAACAUUAAGAAGAAAAGCUUGUCUGGUAAUGAAGGAAAUUGCAAGAAACUUUUGUGUAAGUCCAAGCCAUUGGCCAUUUCUGUGUCCUCCCAGGAUCAUUACAAGAAUCAGCUAUUUGAUGUGGAUACAUCUGGAUACUCCCCACCACACACAGCAGAUGCCCUCAAGAGUUCAAGAAAACAACGGCGCUGCUCAGAGCCCAGCAUAGAUGACCAGAAAGGUAAACUGCCCCUUCUCUGGGGGAUUUGUUCUAACAAGCAGCAUAAAAGCAGCUGGGAAUCUGUUCUCUUGCAUGAAGAAGAGGAUUACCUCAAACGGCAUAAGUCUUUGCAAAUAGAGGGACAAAAGCUUAUUAAUCAGAGUUUGAUCCUGGGGAUUGAGGUGGGCAAGAGUAGUGCCACAAACCAAAACACUGAGAAAGUUUUACCCCCAAGAUUAACCCUUUGCCCAAGGACUAGCUAUUCCAGCUUAUCGUCUCCAGGCACUUCCCCCUCAGGCACACCAGUGAGCUCCCAGGACAGUGCUUUCUCUCAGAUUUCGGAACACUCCGUGUUUACACCCACUUCCUCUCCAACAGAUUGCACUUAUCAGGCUCAAAGACAACAGGAAAAGUUUUCUCCCAGCUCUAGCAGUUCCAUUGUUGUUUCUGAAUUGCCUGGUCCCUCAACAGGACAGGCCAGCAGCUGCCUGUCUUACACAGAAAAGGACACCAAAGAGCGGCAUUCACAAACACAUUCUGUAACUCUCCAUCCCACCACGUGGUUGAGAAAUGGUGUGGCCAGUUUGAAAAACUGGUCUCUCAAAAAGAAAGCAAAGGCAGCAAGACCAGAGGAAAAGAAAAUAGGUUCCCUACAAGGACACUUGGAGCCACCUCCUAAUGAUUCUGGUGUUGCAGAAGACAACUCACUGCAAGAGAAACAGAACGACAUUCCCUUAAGGGCAGCUGAGGGACUAUGGUGUAGUUCUGCUCCCUUCCAGGACUCAGAUGGGCACUGUAGCUCUCGAUUCAGCCUGGUAGAAAGCAGACUGAAGCUAUAUAUGAAGUCACAUGAGGAAGUAGACUGUGGUGGCCAUGGCUCUUCUGAUUCUCCGCCUUGUGAAGGAACCUCAGCCAGCUCUUGGGCUGUGGAGGCUGUGACCAGUCCAGGUUCAGGGCCUGAAGUGGUCUGUGAUGUUGGGGACAAACAUUCAACCAAAGACAUUUAACCAUAAUAAGAAACUGAUCUCCAUCGGAACCAGAAAUGAGAUAAUAAUAACAUAAAGCCAAUAUUAGUAUGAUCCUUUUGUAUGAGAUACCUGGGAGAAGGAGCAUAAGGAUAAUCACAGCUAAUAAGAUAUCAAAGUAAUUCUCUUUAUUGAGAUUAUUUUGCAAAAACUUUAUGGUAAAAAAUUUUGUCACUUAAGUGUUUGGAGGAUUUUCCUUAUUGAAGCACAGGAUUAGUCCUAUCAUGUGGCUUCAGAGAUACUAGCAGAGGGCUAGAGAAAGCAUCUUCUGCAGAGGAAGAAUGCCUUAUGUGAACAGUCUGUGACAUUAGUGUCCUGAGAAGAGCAGGGCAUCACAAAUGAGGAAUAAGGGACUUGGGGCCGGGGGUUGUACAGAGAAACCACCCACAUUUUAUGGAAUGUUUUUUAAUAACUAGACAAGAAAAAGGCUAAUGAUCAAAGCUUUAAGAAAAAAAGCAUGUCCAAUAAUGAAGAAAAUUCCAUAAAACUUUUCCCCAAAUCUAAGCCAUGUUCCUUUCUGUAGCAUUUUAUAGUCUCAUGUCCUCACAGACUCUUUCCAGGAACCAGCCCAUUCAUGCUCCAGAGUGGAGAAAAUAGUAAUUCAAGACCCCUGGGUAGAUGAUGUCAGUUUUUUGUUGGCUUUAUUUGUCAAUUUGUUUUCUCAUUAUGAUGAAGUGCUUGCAAAGUCUUCAGGACAAAGAGCUGUGAGGGAAAAGGAAAUGGUUGCUCAUGCUGUCCUAGUCGUCUCAGGAUUAGGUGCAGUUUUCUUGCUACUUAUUAGGAAACAUUCCAUAAAAUGUAGGUGGUUCUCUGUACAACCACCCCCCUCUCCCCAGCCCCUUGUUCCUCAUUUGUGAUGCCUUGUUCUUCUCAGGACACUAAUUUCACAGACUGUUCGCAUAAGCAUGCUUCCUCUGCAGAAGAUGCUUUCUCUAGCCCUCCGCUAGUAUCUCAGAAGCCAUAUGACAGGCCCAGUCCUGUGCUUUAAUAAGGAAAAGCCUUCCAAACAUGUAGGUGACAUAAUUUUUAGCAUUAUGUUUUUGCCAGAUAGUCUGCCCUUUCAAAGGUGUCUGUUCUAGGACAUUAUUUGAAAUGCAACUUUUCCUAUUUAGAAACAAGGUGACCUCCUGAGGGCAUUCACUCUCUUAGUGUCUAGGAAAAGACCACAACAAAACUGUCCUUUUUCAAUUACUCUAAUGCUGUUACCAGCAUGUGAUCAAAGCAUGGCACCUCUGCUCUGAAAUGUUUUCCUGUAGCCCUGCCUCUUAGAUUACAGUCAGCCAGAAAAAAUUACUGAUAAAUCAUUCUUUUUCUGAUGUUCAUAGUUUGGCAAUUGAGAGAGUGAUUUAGAGUUUGACAGGUUAUAAGGAGCCACAGAAUACAAUAUCUAAUCAAGUGGCUGCCAGGCUUCCUCAGAUAGUCAUUGCCUUUGAGUUUUAUUACUUCUAGGAUUUUUUUUAUAUUUAUGUCCCAUUAGUUUAUUUCAUAUUCAUGGACUGUUCUCCUGUGUCUUGACUUAAAGGCUACAACAAUACAUCUGCCCAGCUAGGAAUAUAUUAUGAGGCCCUGACAACAAAGAUGAAGGAAUGGCACUAAAAAUGGGUGUGUAUGUUCCUUCCCGUUAACUACUUACAUAGAAGAAGUUGCUUGGAGACCAUUUGAUUUCUUUAGUCCAUCAUCAAAUGGAUCUUUCUCCCACAAAAUAGAUUAUUCCAGAUUUUCUUAUCAAUCACCAAGAAACUUUGUUAUCAAAUGUUCUUUCCCCAUUAUCCUAAAGUUAUGGGGGGGAAAUGUUUUCUUUAAGAUAGAUGAAGUUGUUUCAGUAUUAGCUAUAUAGGUGCUACCUACCUCUCGGGGACUCAGCCCUGUUUCCCUAAUCAUUACCAUUAACUUUUAGAAUUCUGUGUCCAAAUCACUCCUUCAUGACACUGGCCAUCUCAGUUACAGAUAUGAACUUAUUUCACUUUAUAACUAACCACUCCUAUAUAUCCAGACUCCUUAAGUAUCCAUUUACGUCUUUUGUGUAAUACUGUAUAAAGCAAGCAGGGACACCCCUUAACCUUAGGGCAUACUACUUUCAGAACUGCAAGAUGUGUAUCCUUCCUAGGGAACAAGGAAAAAAAGACAAAAAAGAAGAAUUGCAAGAUGUGAAUGAUUCUCUUAGAUCCUGGAAUGUCUUUCUGGAAGAAAUUGCUUUUCUAUUUACCAAAAUAAUAGUUCUAGCAUCUUUAAUAUUGGCAGGUAGAAAAUCAUGCAACCAAUUUGAAGCAUAGAAGAAAACAGUUGGCUGAGGUUUUUUAAUAACCAUUCCUAUUCUCUAUGUUCCCUUAGAUACUCCUAAAAUAUUUAAUGUGAAGUUUGUUAAUAUUAUUGUAAAGUAUUAUAUAUUGUAUGAUUUGAAGACAGAUUUCAUGUCAUUUUAAUAUACUCCAUCAAUCUAUAAUAUAUUAGACUGAUACUUUAUCUAAAAUGCUUUGAGUUUGUAUAAUAUAUCUUGACAAAUUUUACUACCAUAUGUUAUGUAAUAAAUGUGUAUUUUUGUAUUUGCAGAAACUGCUGCUACCUUUUAAAGUUGUUUGGUUUUCAGGCACUGAAAAUGAAUAUGCAUAAAGUCCAUGCUGUUUUGUUAAAUGCCAUUCUGCAGAGGUAAUAAUC